GGUGCAGGGAGGGGAGGUGGAGGGAGGGAGAGCGGGAGGGGAGGGGAGGUGUGGGGGCGAGAGAGGAGGUGACUCUCCGGCAGCAUUUCCACCGAGCGAAAGGAUCAUGGCGGAUGGCCCCAGGUGUAAGCGCAGAAAGCAGGCGAAUCCGCGGAGGACAAGCGUCAGUAACAUCAGCGCUGUGGUGGAGGGCAGUUCAGAAUCUGAUGAUGAGGAUAAGCUUCACAUUGCCGAGGAGGAAGGGAGCCUCCAGGACGGCGACAGCGUCGCCCACGACGACGACCCCAAUGGGACCGUUGACCCCGAAGACAGGUGGGACGAAGUGGUGAAGGAAGAGUGUGUGUCGGAUGGUGAUGAUGAGCGCAGCAGAGAUGCUCUGGUGGAGGAGAUGCUUCAGUCAGGUGACACGACCAUCAUCUACCCCGAGGCUCCCGAAGACGAGCAGCGACAGGGAACCCCAGAGAACAAUGAGAAUGGGACCCCAGACGCUUUCUCUCAGUUGCUGACCUGCCCGUACUGUUCCCGCGGUUACAAGCGCUACGCCUCGCUGAAGGAGCACGUGAAGCUCCGCCACGAGAAGAACGAAGACAACUACAGCUGUUCCCUGUGCUCCUACACCUUCAGCCAGAGAUCGCAGCUAGAGAAACACAUGAGCGCACACAAGAACGGCCGAGACCAGCGGCAUGUGGCUCAGUCAGGGGGCAACAGGAAGUUCAAGUGCACUGAAUGUGGCAAAGCCUUCAAGUACAAGCACCAUCUGAAGGAGCACUUGCGCAUACAUAGUGGAGAGAAGCCGUACGAGUGCUCCAAUUGCAAGAAGCGCUUCUCCCACUCCGGCUCCUACAGCUCUCACAUCAGCAGCAAGAAAUGCAUCGGCCUGCUGUCCGUCAACGGUCGGGCCCGCCCUCUGGCCCCGCCGGGGCCCGUGUCCCCCUCUGCCCCCGCCACGCCCCGCGCCCCCCCUCGUGAGAAACCUAACCCGGCCGCCAAACCCCAAUCCAAGGGGCCGCUGCCCAUCACCCACAUCAAGGCGGAGCCGGUGGAGAGCGACCUGAAGCCCGCUGUGCCAACGGUGCCCACCGCCGCCGUUGCCACCACCACCGCCGUGAACGCCCCCCUCCAGCUGCUACUGCCCACCGUGGGCCUGAUGUCGCCCGUCAGCAUUAGCCUGGCACAGCUGCAGAGCCUGCUCAAGGGCGAUCCGGCGCACGGGGGCAAUGCCAACGGGCCGCUCAUACAGACCAUAAGCUUGCCUCUGUUGGAUCAGGACGGGCACGCUAAGAUUCUGAUCAAUUAUAGUUUGGACCCCGGGCACGCGGCGCAGACGCACGCAGUGCAGACGCAGACGCAGGCGCAGACGCAGGCGCAGACGCAGGCACACGCUGUGCUGCAGCUCAAGAAGGAGCCAGUCGCCGUGGCGACGACCACGCACAACCCCGCACACACGCCGCUGUGCAAGACGGAGCGGCAGGCGGAGGAUCUGACGCUGAAGAAGAGGAAGAAGAGCCUGGACGAGGAGGAAGAGGGGGGGACAAAGGAAACGGAGGCUUCGGCCGAAGGAGAGGCGGUCAACGGCGACGAGCCGGCCGUGGGCGCGACCCCGGUUGCCGUGGCAACGACCCCGAGCGAGAAGAGCCUGCAGUCGGUGCUGAAGGCGUACUUUGCGCUGAACGCCGAGCCGGUGACGGCGGAGAUCGCGCGCAUCUCCACCGCCGUCAGCCUGCCCCCGAGCACCGUGACGCGCUGGUUCCGCAAGAUGCAGGCCAAGCAGUCGCACACACCCACCAACACAAACACACACACGAACCCCUCGGGCGACGCUUCCGGGGCGAGCUCUGAUGUGGACAUCUCACCGCAGCCCACGCCCGACCCAACGCCCUCUUGCUCGCGUUCGCCGUCACCGCGGCCAGCCGACCAAUCGCAGCCCGGCUCCUCCCCCCAAAGCCCAGGACCUCUCAACCUGUCAGCUGACGGUCCCAUCCCUUGCCGAGGCGGCCUGGUCGACGGGGAGGGGCCCCUUGACCUCUCGCUGCCCAAGGGCGCCGCCACGGCAGCGACCCCUAACCAGGUCAGCCCGGUAGCCAUGCAGGACGAGCCAUUGAACCUGACCUGUGCCAAGAAAGAUGCCACGCCUCCCACCGUUGCCAAUGCCAAUUCCCUUGUGCCCACCUCUGCCAAUCCCAUCAGCCUAGUGGCCCACCAACUGCCCACACUGGUUGCCAUUUCCGACCACGGCGGGGCUAAGACUAUCCUCAUUCCUCAGCUGGCAUACACCUAUGCGCCGCCCACUAGUGACAUGUCCCCCGACGAGGCUGCUCACACACAAGUGCUGCACAUCAACGGCAUCAAGGAGGAGAAGCUGGACGCUGGUGUGGAGAGUGUGUGUGUGUCGGAGGAGCAGAACGACUCGGACUCCGGCGCGCCGAAGAGGAAGAUGAGGAGAACAGAGGGGGGUCAGUACGCCUGUGACCUGUGUGACAAGAUCUUCCAGAAGAGUAGC